CCAAUAAAACGAUCGCCCAAUUUAGUCGCCGAUCAGAGCACAUGUGAGAAACCACGUUGGUAAUAGAACGAAGGGGGUUUCUCCGGCGAUUUUACUUGUGUGUUAAGUUGAGAUAUUAAUGUCACAAUGUCUUGGUUAUUUGGAAUAAAGAAAGAUCAACACAUUCCGGAAGCACCACAGUUUCCUUUACCAAUGCCACCUUCUUCAGGAGGUUCUGGUGGCAAAGGUAACGAUGAUUCUGCAAGUUCUUUGAAUUCAAAAAUGGAAGCCUACCGGUUUGAUUCAGCUGCUUUGGAAAGAGCAGCAAAAGCUGCCAAAGACCUGGAAUCUUCAAAAUUCUCAAGGGAAGCUUUGGAUUUGACUAAAAUGCAAGAAGCAACGUUGCAAGCAAAGUACCAGAAAGAAAUAAAGGAAUAUGAAGCUCACGUUGCCCAACAGAAGAUUGAAGAACAGAGAGUUAUACAAGAAGAAAAGAGAAAAUCAAUGGCUGAAGAAACUCGUCAGUAUCAGCAAAGAGCACAAUACCAGGACCAGUUAGCUCGUAAACGUUAUGAUGAACAACUAGCUCAGCAGGCAAGAAUGAAUGAAGAAAAUCUGAAAAAACAAGAAGAGUCUACAGCCAGACAGGAAGCACUUAAGAAAGCCACUGUUGAGCAUGAAGCUGAUGUCCUUCACAAACACAAAAUGAUGAGGUUGAGGGCCAAGAUCCAAGAAAAGGCCAAAGUAGAUCGAGAAAACUGGGAUCUCAUUCAGAAAGAGAUCAAGUUGAAGGGAGCUGAGCAUCGAGAAACUAUACUGAAAUCUAUUGAAACUGCUGGUGAUGUUCUUGGAACUGGUUUCAUGGCUUUUAUUAAAGACUGGGACAGAGUUUCUGCUACAGUAGCUGGUUUGACAAUGUUGGCUGUUGGAGUAUACACAGCAAAAUAUGGUACCAAUGUAGCAGCUAAUUACAUACAAGCUAGGUUAGGGAAGCCGUCACUGAUUCGAGAAACAUCUCGAUUUUCAUUAACAGAAACUAUAAAACAUCCUGUUAAGACUUACAAGCGUAUUGCCAGCAAAGCAGAAGAUUCCUUAAAAGGUAUUGUAUUACAUCCUGAUUUAGAAAGACGACUGCGAGACAUUGCCAUUGCCACUAAGCACACAAAAAAGAAUAAAGGUUAUUAUCGGAACUUGCUUAUGUAUGGCCCUCCAGGAACUGGAAAAACAAUGUUUGCUAAGAGUCUUGCUGAACAUUCUGGAAUGGACUAUGCCAUCAUGACUGGAGGUGAUGUGGCUCCUAUGGGUCGAGAAGGUGUCACAGCUAUGCAUAAAGUGUUUGACUGGGCUAAAACCAGCAGAAGAGGGUUACUGUUAUUCGUUGAUGAAUCUGAUGCAUUUCUGAAAAAAAGAAAUCGGGAACAAAUUAGUGAGGAUCUCAGAGCAACACUAAAUGCCUUUUUGUACCGAACUGGAGAGCAAUCAAACAAGUUUAUGUUAGUCUUAUCCAGUAAUCAACCCGAACAAUUUGAUUGGGCCAUUAAUGAUCGUCUUGACGAAAUGGUAGAAUUUGUCUUACCCACAUUGUCCGAGAGGGAACGUAUGGUUAGACAAUACUUUGAUGAGUUUGUGUUGAAACCAGCCACAGAAGGCAAGAGACGUUUAAAGGUAGCACAGUUUGAUUAUGGAGUAAAAUGUUCAGAAAUUGCAGCACGUACUGAAGGUCUUUCCGGAAGAGAAAUAGCUAAAUUAGGUGUUGCCUGGCAGGCCACAGCCUAUGCUUCUGAUGAUGGUGUGCUGACAGAACAAAUGAUUGAUAGUAUCGUAGAUAACGCUAUUAGACAACAUAGUCAGAAAGUAUUGUGGCAAGAUGAUAAGCAAACCAGUCUCUUCCUUCAACCUCAAGAUAGUUUAAUCAGUUCAGUUCUGAAGAGUGAGGCUUCUUCUUCAACACAGCCACCAUCUCCAUCGUCAAAUUCAUCAUCUUCAUCAUCAACAACAGCGUCGCUGUCAUCACCACCACCAUCACCACCACCACCACCGUCAUCUACAAGCUGAUUAUAAUAGACCAUGAUUAGACUCGCACUUAAAAAGUCUUACUCUCAGAGUGAUGAUUCUUGUAUGAGUUGUACAUAAUCAUUGUUUCAAAGAUUAGAAUUUUACAAAUUGAUAGAAUAUUAUUGGAAAUUAAAACAAUUUUGAAACUGCC